CAAGACAAGCACUACCAAGACAACCACAAGCACUUCCAAGAAAGUUGUUUCAGAACCCGAGCCCCUAAAAGAGAAAGCCACUCCGAGAGUCCCCACUAUGAGGAAAGGGAACCACACAAAUGUAGUGGUGCCAAUGGUAAAAGCCAUGGCUAGAGUUGUCACUAUAAGACCCAUCCCUACAACGAAAGUGACAGAGGAGAAGCUAUCUAAAGAACCCGAGACAGCAAAAGAGAAAACAAAAGCGGCAGAGAAAAGAGAGGUUGUUGUUUCCAAAGAUAAAGCUAAAACAACAGCUGCCAAGAAAGGGCCUGUGGAAAAGGACCAAAUAACUCCUACGAAGAAAGAGCCUUCAAUCUCCAAAGAAAAAGCCAAGACAAGCACUACCAAGACAACCACAAGCACUUCCAAGAAAGAAGCUGUUGGCUCCAAAGAAAAUACAAAACCUACCACAAUGAAGAAAG